AUGUAUAAUUUCGGAAAGACUCUUUUCCUUUCGCUACUAAUCUCAAGUGGGUAUUCGAUACUUCAGCUGAAUGCCAAUGAGCUGAAUAACACCAAGAAGGCUGAGAUCGAUGUGCUCUUCUAUAAUCGCGUACCCAAAACGGGCAGCAUGCAACUUAUAGAACUGAUGCGAGCCCUGGGCAAAGUACACGACUAUGAGGUGGAGAAAGAUCCACAGAAUGGCGGCAUUCGGCCAUUGCUCGACGCCGCCGAGGAGGGCGACUGGAUAGAUAAUAUCGUUAAUCUCGAGGAUGGCACCGUAUUUGCCAGUCAUGUGAACUAUUUGAACUUCAGCAAACACGAACAGCCGCGACCCAUUUACAUCAAUAUGGUGCGUGAUCCGGUUGACCGCGUCAUCAGUUGGUAUUACUAUAUACGUGCCCCAUGGGUAUUUGUGCCGGGUCGUCGUCGUCACAAUCGCGAAAUGCCCAAUCCCCAAUGGGUCAACACCGAAUUCGAUCAGUGUGUACUGAGCGGUGAAAAGGUCUGCACAUACAUUGAGGGCUCCCUCCUGGAGCGAGUGGGCGAUCAUCGCCGUCAAACCCUGUUCUUUUGUGGCCACAAUGAGUUCAAAUGCACGCCCUUCAACUCGCGGCUGGCCCUGCAGUUGGCCAAACAGAAUGUGGAACGCGAAUAUGCGGUUGUGGGCACUUGGGAGCACACAAAUGAAACUCUGGCCGUUUUGGAGGCUUAUGUACCGCGCUACUUUGCGGAUGCCUCCAAAAUGUACUACUCGGGUCUACACGCCGCCAAAGCGAACGACAAUCCCAUGAAGCCUCACAUUCGGGAUGAAAUUAUGAACAUGGUGCGCCGCAACUUCACGCGGGAAAUCGAGUUCUAUCAAUUCUGUCGCCAACGUUUGCAUAAACAAUAUCUGGCACUAAAACUCAAUGAACUGAUGCGCGUGGACAACAGUUUAGUUCAAUUGCAAUCUGCCAAUGAGCUAGCCCUGCAACGUCUGAACGCCGAGCGGCUAAACAAUACGCGGAAUGCUGAAAUCGAUGUGCUCUUCUUCAAUCGUGCCGCCAAGGUGGGCAGUGAAGCCCUACUGGAACUGUUUAAUGCCUUGGUAGAGUAUAACGAUGAUCUGAUAUUGGAGCGCAGCGGUCUUCAUGAAAAUACAGUGAGACAAAUGGAUAAAGAGGCGCAACAAGAAGCUGCCGAGUUUGUGUCUGGCCUGGAGGAAGGCACCAUUUACAUACGGCACAUUAACUGGCUGGACUUUAGCAACUUUGAUUUGCCGCAGCCCAUCUAUAUAAACAUGGUUAGGGAUCCAGUGGAGCGUGUCAUCAGCUGGUUCUACUAUGCACGCAGCUCCUACAAGAAUGCCAUCGAGUAUCGCAAGGCGCCGAACAAGAAAAUCAAGCCCGCGUCCUGGUACAAAAAGAACUUCAAUGAUUGUGUACGUAGUGGAGAUCCCGAAUGCCAGUAUGUACCACAUACCGUAAAGGAUUACGUUCCAAACUUUAAAAGACAGUCGCUCUUCUACUGUGGCCAUCAUGACGACUGUAUUCCCUUUAACUCACCCACAGCCAUACAAAUGGCCAAGGAGCAUGUGGAACGGGAUUAUGCUGUGGUGGGCAGCUGGGAGGAUACGAACAUAACGUUGACUGUCUUUGAGCGCUAUAUACCACGUUUCUUUACCGGUGCCAAACUGAUGUAUGAGAUGCAUAAUAACAAGAUCACAAAUCGGAAUAAGAACAAGCGAAAGCCCUACAUUGAGCCAGAGGUCAAAGAGAUGAUAAGACGUAAUUUCACAUAUGAAUAUGAGUUUUAUCAUUUCUGCAAGCAGAGGUUGUACAAACAGUAUUUGGCACUCAACUUGCGUGAGCUGGAGAAGCACGGACUGUUGAAUUAG